UGUCACGCUUACUUCACUUUGAAGUUCGGCGGCUGGAGGACAAUCACUUUUCCCGUCAACGUAGUUUUUGAACAUUUAUUUGUAGAAAUAAAAUGGAUUUUAAAUUCAACAUUCUUCUGGUAGCAGCAACAGUGUGUUUUACAUUUCAACAAGUUGACUGCCUACAGUGUUACACAUGCACCAACAUAUUAGAACCAAAAUGUGGGAAAACUUGGGAACUUUCUGAAGAAGAAGCUGCCAAAUACAUUACGACAUGUAUGGGAGAGAAUGCUGCCUGCAGAAAAAUAGGUUCCGAGGAUACACUUAAAGGAAAGAUGUUAGUAACACGUUCUUGUUGGAACACGAGCUCUGAGGUGGAGGUUGAAAUGAACGAGGAGUUUCUAGACUGUACAUCGAUUGGGAACCAAGGAACAUCGUGCUACUGUAAGGGAAAGGAAGAUGGGAAACCCUGCAACGGAUCACCACCGAUACUGACAUACAUGUCUCUGAUUAUGACAGUUGUUUCAAUUCUUUUUACUUUGAUCCUUUAGACGUAUUCGUGUAGUGAAACCAUCCAAAACAGAAAGCUGAUUGUUUAAACAACUAGAUACUAAGUAGUACUCGAAUACAUAGAAAAAUACGCCACUGGCGACGCAAUUAAAGAGAAAAUCGGUAUGGCCAAGGAAUUUUACUGUACAAAAAAUAUAGAAUGCCAAAGACAUUUAUUCCUAAGAAAACUACUUCUAAAAACGCAACUGACUCCGGAUAGUUCAGUGUUUUUUUUUUUGUUUUGUUUUUUUCAAAAAGUGUCUGAAGUGUACUUAAAAGAAAAAAGAAAAAAAUGAGUGUAAAACUUUUAAUUCUUUACGACACCAAGCCCAGCCUUAAAUGGAUAAAUUGAAAUUGUGAAUUUACUUUCUUUUAAUAAAUCAUUUUGCGAAUUGCGAUCAACCAGAAAAUGGAAAAUUUUGUUAUCUUUUGAAUAUACAUGCGAGAUACGCACCGCUG